CCAGUUCACCAGUCUCAUUUGUCAACCGACUUCAGCGGCAUACACAUCUCAAAAUCUAAUAUUUUUUUUGUAACCCUUCCGCCCCCAAUUUUCUAACUUUUCGAUACAAUGUCUUGGUAUAUGCGAAUGUUCCGCCCGUUGCCACGCACCAUGGACCAGGUCGUGCGACACGGUUGGUUGCGACAAGGCUCAGGAGUAUUUGUCGCCGCUGAUUAUAAGGGAGCAAGCCCCAUUGGACACAGCAUUGCGAUGUACAAUAUUACUGGCCGACGACCCAUCUCCACUGGCAACUGGCACGGAAAGGAGCAUCAAAAUCCCCUGGCGGAGCAGGAACAGGAGGAACAUAAGGAACAGGAGCAGAAGAAGAAGCGAGAAAAUCAUCAUGGUUUCACACUGAAUCCGAAAAAGGCUGAGGUGACCCCAUUGGAACGCCAUCUGGUCGAGUUUCUAACCGGGGAAAUCAUCGAGGAACGCCGGAUACAAUUGAAACUGAAUGCGCCGCUACUUCUGGACGACUAUGUGGCCAUAUUCCGCGGUUCGGAGGUCGAGUUGGUGAAGACAACACCCAAGGAGCGGGUCACCAUCGUCUUUAAUGUCAGCAAGAGUGUGCCGCCAACCGUUCAUGAUGAAAGCACUCCGAUGCGGAGUGUUCCCAAGUUCGAGGUCCUGAUCAAGCGGGACGAGGUCCUGCUCGCACUUCACUGCCAAUUUUUCCAGACGGCCUUCAAGGAUGACACGGAGGGGGAGCCGAAGCCGAAUCAAAAGUAUGCCGACAUGUUCUACAUUAAAGACGUGUCAUUGUACGAGCACGACUGCACCGACCGCUCAUAUACCAUUGAGGCCAGCCUGUUUGUCGAUGAUCUCUACGACCUUCUUAUGGAUAUGCUGGCCGAGGUGGGGAUCACCAACGAGUUUGUCGAGAAGGUCUCGGACUUGGCCACCGCCCACGAGCAUGCCUCAUACAUUGAGUUUCUGGAAAACUUGUCCAAAUUCGCGGUGGGUCCGCCGCCGCCACUUGGUGGCGAUGAUGGUGGCACCGAAUAGCUUUCUACCAGUCUAAUUUUUGUAUAAUUUUCAAUAAAGACGCGUGUUUGAACUGCGCGCUUCCAAUCUAA